UCGGUGGUGAACAAGACUCGGGACGACGAGCUCUCGGCCCGCAAGCAAUGGAAUCGAUCCAGGGCGCACAUGGGCUGCUCUUUCGCACCGCACUUCUCUGAUUCACAGCCUCGUAUUGCAGCACCUCGACGGUUGAACAUGGCCGUGCUAGAGCAGGCCAGGCAUCGCCGAGUGCUUUGGAGGUUUCCUUAGGGUUCUAUCCUUUCUUCGUCCCUCAAUUCCGUUGUUUGUCAUGGGUGCAGCCGAUUUGCAGUAUUUGCUGUGGCUGGUAGGGAUUGCCACAUGUGUCAAGGUUCUCUUGGUGCCAGCCUACCACAGCACGGAUUUCGAAGUUCAUAGGCACUGGCUUGCAAUUACGCACUCCCUCCCUCUCAAAGAGUGGUACUCCGACGAAUCCAGCCAGUGGACCCUCGACUAUCCUCCUUUCUUCGCCUUCUUUGAACGGUUUCUUGCAAUUUUCGCCUCAUGGUUUGAUCCUCAGAUUGUUGACCUAGUUAAUGGCCAGAACUAUGCCGUCAGGAGCGUGGUGCUGUUUCAGAGAGGCACUGUUAUGGCAGCGGAUCUUGUUCUCUAUUGGGGGUUAUGGGAAAUCGGAAGUGGUCUCUCAAGAAUGAGACGUAGGAUCCUCUACUUGGUUGUCAUAUUUUCGCCCGGGCUUCUGAUAGUGGAUCACAUCCAUUUUCAGUAUAAUGGGUUUUUGUUCGGGAUUUUAUUUUUGUCGCUGGCUGCGAUGCGGGAUGGGAAUGACCUGCUCGGUGGCAUCUACUUUGCCGCUCUGGUGUGCUUUAAGCACUUAUUUGCGAUUGCGGGGCCAAUUUACUUCGUGUAUAUCCUGCGGCAUUAUUGUAAAGGACCCCAGAAAAUAGCUCGAUUCUGUAUUAUGGCAAGUGCGGUGAUUAGCAUUGUAGCACUUGCAUUCGGUCCGUUUCUAUAUCAUGGCCAGAUGCCGCAGUUAAUGAAGCGGCUGUUUCCUUUCGGGCGGGGUUUAUGUCACGCAUACUGGGCUCCCAAUGUGUGGGCCCUGUACAGUACAGGUGACAAAUCUGCAACUGUCGUAAUGCGGAAGUUGUUCGGUGUUUAUAUCGAUAGACCUAAAGCAGGCUUGACAGGGGGCCUCGUUGGAGAUUUCACACCGUAUGCUGUCUUCCCUCAGAUUACUCCAAUUGUGUCAGCAAUUCUCGUUAUCGGCUCAAUGAUGCCAUGCCUCGUGCAGGCCUGGCGUAAACCGGUACCAAAUGCCUUCAUCCGCUGGGUUGUGUACACGUUCACAUGCGGGUUUAUGUUUGGGUGGCAUGUCCACGAGAAAGCUUCUUUGCACAUGGUGAUACCAUUCAGCGUGCUGGCAGUUGAGCGUUUGGAGGAUGCAAGAGCGUUCCUCUUCUUGUCGGUGGUUUCGACCUACUCGCUGUUUCCUCUUCUCUUUGAAUCGAAGGAGUACCCUAUCAAGGUGACUCUUCUCCUUCUAUACGCACUUGUGAUUUGGCUCAACUUCUCGCAAUUAUUUGGAACCAGCACAAAGGAUUCAGGGGAUUUAAAGGCGAAAGCAGCUUCAAAUACGGAACUCAAUGUUCAAGAGACUGUGAAGCCUUUAAUAGGUCCAGUAGAAGGAGCUUAUUUAGGGGGCAUAAUGGUAAUAGAAAUAUAUGGGCAAUGCUUUCAUCCAUUGUUCUUUGGAGGCUCGUUUCCUUUUGUACCGCUGAUGCUGACAUCGGUGUACUGUGCUUUGGGAAUGACAUACUACUGGCUAGAUCAGUUACACAUGGUGUUGUCUAGCUGACAUUGGCAUUGAUGCGAGGUUUAGACCUGUGUGAGAUUAGACUCAAGUUAGGCUCUUAAGAGGAAAACCAUGUGGCCUUUUCAGGCUACUGCCGGGAUGUAGAAAUGGUUUUUGCAUUUGUAUUGUCAACCCAUCACUGCCGAUGGAUUCGGAUUAAUUUUUUCGUCAAACAGCGCCACUCACCAUCUCCUACAGAACUUUCUGAGCUCUAAUUCUAUCGGCAUGCUCAACGCCUCGAUGCUAUUUAAUGGAAUACCUGGACAAGUCAGGAUGAAUGACGAACGUCAUGGUUCUCUCAAGUGGUUCAAUCCUGCGUGCCCUGGGGAGACCGACCGAUCGGCUGUAUUUGUGUUCAUCCGACGAGUACUGCACACUAUCAGGAUUGUCGACUUUUAAAACAAUGUUACAAUUCAUACUUAGUCCUGCUGCACUCGAACACAACAAGAAUAAACGUGGUCUGAUUUGAGAGUAAAGUCGGAAUUCGGGGCCACUGAUGCCGCACCGCAAAGGAACUGAACACAAAUAUCCCUGCCCCCACUUCAUGUAAAACGACGACGGUCUACCAUCGGUCUACCAUCUAUCAGUAAUGAGAGUCCUGGAUAUAAACCACGGGAGGCCGCUUGGCUUGCAAGGAGGAAGCUUGUGAAAAAGGAUUGAGCCCGUUUCCCAGGUUAUCUCAUUGCAUUCCUUGUUAAUGCAAGAAAUUGAGGCGAUUCUAGUGAAAGUCGAGAGGCAAUGGGCAUAUAGAUUAAGGUGAUUGCCUACAAGCACAGAGCCAUCGGGGGUCAUGUUUCCAAAUGAAGCAUCCACCUUUGUCAGCAUGUUUCCAUGUAAUGGAACCAAGCUGUAACGUAGGAAGUAGCGCAGAGCAUGGUUAGGGUCUUCCAGACACCGACCAGGAGCGCCAGCAGUGGAAGAUGGUGGGAUCGUUUUCCUUUCAGAGCGCAUGUAACCCGAGCCUGUGACGAAAUCCAAGCCGCCCAAGGCCAAGACUACCUGCAAAGGCCGACGGAUAUACAAUGAACCAAAGCGGGAUGGAGUGUUGAGAUGGUUAACUACGUGCUGUCGAGCUCGAACACCACCACUUACAAGGUCAUGCUCCCGCCCAAGGAGGAAGAGAAGAAGAAACUGGUCGAGUGUUGAUCGAAUGACAAUCUCCAGAAGCAGAGCCGCACCCUGACUCUCAAGCGCAAGCCUCCUCAUGGUGGUUUGAGAAUCGACCCAAAAUCUCCUAUUCACUCUCCUAUUCACACGAUAAUGAACUUGAGCUCCAGCAACAUAUUGGUCAUCUCCCUGGGCAUGACCUAUUUCGAUGUAACAGUUCUAUUACGGGACAGUCAAUACAAGCUUACACUCAUCA